AUAGCUCCUCAAAAUUCAAAGAAACCCAGAAAUAAAUAAUCAUCAAUUUCCCUUUCGUUUCAUUUUCUCACAGUUCAAGAAUGGUUGAUUUAGAUUGGAAAGCAAAGAUCGUCUCACCCGACAUGCCAAGCAAAUCUCCGAAACUCUCCAACAAACUCCAAGUUUGCCUGCCGUUUUCUUUCCGUGCCGCCGAGAUUUCCGCCGCUUCAGCCACGGCUUCCUCGGCUUACGAGAACUAUCUUCGACUGCCGGAGCUCCGGAAACUUUGGAGCUCCAAAGAGUUUCCCAGCUGGGAAAAUGAGUCUAUUUUGAAACCGGCCUUGCAAGCUUUGGAGAUUUCGUUCCGGUUCGUCUCCACGGUGCUGUCGGACCCGAGGCCGUACGCGAACCGGCGCGAGUGGAAGCGGAGGCUCGAGUCGCUUGCGACGACUCAGAUAGAGCUUAUCGCUAACAUCUGCGAGGACGAAGGGACACGUGGAACGGCUCCGAUCGUCGAUCUCAGGUCAUCCAACGGCGUCCUGGCUCGCAACGGGAGCUACGCAGAGGUGUGGAAGCUUCCAGGCGAGACCUCCGUGGUGAGCCGCACCAGCGAGUCCAGCCUGCUCCCGCGUCUCGCCACGUGGCACAAAGCAGAGGACGUAGCGCAGAAGAUCCUCUAUUCCAUCGAGUGCGAGAUGCUGAGGUGUCCGUACACGCUCGGCUUGGGCGAGCCGAACCUCGCCGGAAAGCCGAACCUCGAGUACGACCUGGUGUGCAAGCCGAGCGAGCUCCACGCCCUGAAGAGGUGUCCGAGCGAUCACAUCGACAACCACGAAAACCAGACGGUGUACACCACGAACCAAAUCCUUGAGUCGUGGAUCCACGUAUCGCAACAGCUCCUGAAGCGAGUCGCAGAGCGAGUCGAGAGCAAAGAUUUUGAAGAGGCCGCGAGCGAUUGCUAUCUGAUCGAACGGAUCUGGAAGCUUCUCGCCGAGAUUAACGAUCUCCACCUCCUGAUGGAUCCGGACGAUUUUCUCAGGCUCAAGAACCAGCUGUGCAUCAAGUCGUUGAACGAGACGGCACCGUUUUGUUUCAGAUCAAGAGCUCUCGUGGAGAUGACAAGGCAGUGCAAGGACCUGAAGCAAAAGGUGCCGUUCAUCCUUGGCGUGGAGGUGGACCCCAUGGGUGGACCCAGGAUCCAGGAGGCGGCGAUGAAGCUCUACGGUGAGAAGAGGGAGUUCGAGAAGAUUCACCUGCUUCAGGCUUUGCAGGCGAUCGAGUCGGCGAUGAAGAGGUUCUUCUUCGCGUACAAGCAAGUGCUCGUGGUGAUGACGGGGAGCUUGGAGGCCAACGCCAACCGAGUUGUGGUGAGUUCCGACUCGGUAGACUCGCUGACUCAGAUCUUCCUCGAGCCCACGUAUUUCCCGAGUUUGGACGCGGCAAAGACGUUUUUGGGGGAUUUUUGGAGCCACGAGCAUGGUGGGGUGCGGCUCGGAUAGAUGGACUCGGAGGACCCGGUGAGUUUGACUCGGUUUGACUCCAGGUCAACUCGUUUGACUCCAGCUAAUAGUGUUAGGUUUACACACUUGAAAAACGAACAAGUUAAAUUAAUUCUUUGUAUUGUCAUACUUCUUUUUCGCUGAGUUUUUUAAUAUUUUUACCAUUAGUUCAUGAAUUAGCUCUUCGUGUAAAAAAAUUCUAUGAACUUGUAAUUUUUAUGAA